ACAUCCUGGGUUCCCACCCUCCCAAUCACGUCCUGGCAACCCUGGAGCACUUGGCUCUGGAGAACACCCUGCAGAUGCAAGAGCUCACCAGCCGCAUUGACAUUCCCCACGACGUAGAGGCCCUCAAGUGAGUACUGCUAAGGGGGUGGCAGUGUGGGUGCAUGGUGCUGUACAGAGCUGUCGCCCCCCGCAGUGGUGGUGGCCUGUACUGGGAGGGGCAGAGUCAGAGCUCUGGAGAGAGGGUGCUGUGGGGCUUUGGCCCCCUGGUGGUGGUAGCUUUUACUACAGGGGGCAGAGUCAGGGCUCUGGGGGGCUGUCACCCCAGUGGUGCUGCAGUGACCCAUGGCACCAGUGCUGGGGCUUGUACCUCUGCCCUGCAGGUUCUGCUACGAGAGCUCCCGCCUGGAAGACCUGGCGGGGCCGCCAGCAGCCCUGCCCUCGGUCCGGGGCCUCAUACAGCGCGAAAAGCAGCAGCACAUCCAGGCACUGAUCAAAGGCACCUCCUAGAUAAAAUCCCAGCUCCGCAAGGACCAGGUCGAGGUCCAGGUCUUCAUGCAGAGGAAGCUGCUGGGCCUGGAGCAGGACAUGACGCUGGAGUUGCAGCAGCUGCACGGAGGGGUGCAGCGCGAGGUCCAGCAGCUGGGGGCCGUCACCCUCCCCUGCCUUCUGUGCCGCAGCCUCCUGGGGUCCCGGCCCACGAGCUCUCCAUCCAUAGGCUGGACUGGAUGGCGCUCGCCCUACAUCGGGCCUUCCUCACUGUGUGCCAGGCUUCUGGCUUCCCUCUCUGCAAGGCCCCGGAGUACCCUCUGCCCCACAUGGCUGAGCUGAAGAAGGAGCUGCUGGCCCUGCGUGCCCAGCUGGGCUACAAGAACCGGGCACUGGCCAGCCUGCAGCAGCGCCAGGGCUCCCCGGGGACCAAUGCGCAAGCCCUGGUGCAGGGCCCUGCGGGACCAUGACCGGGAGCAGGCCGGAGCCCUGGGGCCGCGGAUCCAGCUGGUGACGGAGCAGUGCAGGCAACACAUUGAGCGUUGGCCCGAGGUGCAGGCUGCCAUCAACGCCUGGUGGGAGCAUAUGGGGCAGUUUGUCCUGCCUGCGGAGCAUUGCCUGGGCUGGAGCACUGGACCCUGGCCCUCAAGACCCUCCUGCAGCAGCAGCAGCACAGCUGGGCCUGAUGGCCCCAUCCUGCCUGGGAGGGGCGCAGAUGUAGGUAGCCAUACCCCUGUUAGGGAAGGAGUGUGGGUGGGACAUGCCUAUAUGAGGUGGAGAUUUGGGGGGCUUAGCCCAGUCCAGUCCAGCUGUCUCCUCUUGUGCAAAGUGGGGAGGGUCAGUGUUAAAGGGGGUGACCAGAUGCUGGUGGUGGGAGCAAGGUGGGGGAGCAGAUGUCAGGUGUGGGGGGAUCCCAGAUGGGUUUUGUGGCAUUCUGUAAUUCACAUUGUUCUGAAUAAACUGACUAAAUUCACAUUCAGGCCCAUGGCAGGGACUGGGACAUGGGGCCUUUCCCCUCUGGGAUGCGCCAGCUCUGAUCUCCCCCAGGGCAGGGACUGGCUGGCUCAGGUGGGCAGGGAAUGGGGCACGGGACCUUUCCCUUCUGGGCCCCAGCUCUGAUUGGGCCCCAGGGCAGGCACUGGCUGGCUUAGGUGCGUGGGGAAUGGUCCCCUACUAGGAGGCACCAGCUCUGGCUGCUCCAGGCUGGCUGGACCUGUGGUUCUGCCUGGACCAUCCCGCCCUCCUUCGUGCCCUGCCCAAGGGGCUAGUAAACACGGCCUUGACCCAAGCGCCUGAGCCCAGGGGUUUAUUCCUGUGCUGAGGUAGCCUCUUAAAUGUUUUACGAAACAAUGCUAGAGUAGAAAUAAGAAGAGCAGCCACCAUCCGGGUAAAGCCCCACCAGAAAAAGCAAAGACAAACUAGGGGAGGGCUAGCUCUGUGGUUUGAGCAUUGGCCUGCUAAACCCAAUUGGUCCUGCUUUGGGCAGGGGGUUGGACUAGAUACCUCCUGAGGUCCCUUCCAAGCCUGAGAUUCUAUGACAGAAAACACAGCUAAAGGUUACAAAUAAAAGACUGACUCAGCACA